AUGGCCGAGGAAUUAUUGGGGACGUUUAAUAUGCGAUUGGUGUCAACUCCAUUUGGCAUCAACGGGCUGGAGCGUUACACGGGUCCUUUGAAUCUGAAAAAAACAAAGUUGAUUCAGCCUUUGAAUUUGGAUAAACCUGUGAUUGCCGCGGGCACUCGCGGAGUACAGAAUUUGGCUGCAAAAGGAAGACAGUAUGCCUCCGAUAAGGAAAAGCCUCUUGUUAUGAUUUCUUUGCAUCACAAGGGGAAACUGCUUGUCUGGGACGCCGACACAGUGCAGCCGCUGGCUAUCUGUAGUCACCAUGACUGCUCUGUUGUUCAGUGCGUUGUCACGGCAACGUAUCUAUAUGCGAGGGUGGAGAAAGAGGGAGACAACACGGAUGUAGAAACAAGGGUGUACGUUUGGGAUGCUAAAACGUUUGAACUUUUUCGUCGGCUUUCAUCUCACGAUGGACGUGUAACAUCUAUUGCAGUAAGUGACGAGGAUGAUGCAAAGGUGGCAACUGCCAGUGUAGAUCAGUUCGUGCAUGUUUGGGAUCUUAAAAAAAGUCUCACGGGACCAAUUCAAAAAUUGGCGACGAACGGUAUGGCUGUGGUAUCUCUGUACUUCCAUGGGAUGAUCCUGGGGAGUUCAUCGCACACCUCACUAAUUCUGUGGAGGGCAGAAACAGGAGAGUCGUUGCUGAAGCACAAAGUUGGCGGUACCAUAACUGUCUUACGUCGGCUUUACGGUUCGAAGUGCAACAGUGAUAAAAAUGCACACCAGUCUCAUCGACCUCUCUCUCUACUGAUCGGCCACGACGAUGGCUUUAUUAAGGAAUGGACACUGGACACAAGCGCAAAUUCAAUGAUGACACUCAAAUGGGAAAGUAAAGUUCAUAAGGCAUACGUUACAGAUGUCACUGGCGAUGGAGAUAUUGUACUCAGCUGCAGUACAUUGGAUGGGGCUUUCUUAUUACUUCCAUCGCGUGGUCGUGUGGCUCCAUUGGUUUCCUACGGAGCACGAAUUGUUGUUCUUGACUCAAACUCCAAAAUUGCUAUCGUUGGGGUCGAUAAUGGAUCGAUUCGAAUUUUUUCAUAUGUUGAUUUUCUUGAAGGACAGGGAAAACCGGUAGUUCUCUCCUCCUUUUGCCCUCAUACAAGCGGUGUUACGGGAUUGCUUCUUCAGCUGCGUGAGGAUUCUACAUGGGAUAGCAUUAUGUGUGCUGGGGCCGAUGGGUCGCUUGUAUUUAUGGACUUUACCGGAGCUCGUGGAGGUCAGUGGAUUAAGGGAUUGAGUGCGCAUUCGCUGGAUGCCCUGCCAGGCGGCAAUUUUAUUCUGGCACCAGUGGAAUCGGGUGGAGGCAUUUGUCUUUUCAGCUCAACCGACUUUCUUCCAUUGCCCCAAGAACCCGAAUUAAAGACAUCGCAUACGGUCACCGCAAUACGGUGCGUGGAGCCAAUGAGACUUCUUGUGGGCUGCGAAAAUGGAAGCUUGAUGAUAUUCCAAUGCGUUAUGGAAGGGUCUCAAAACAUAUCGUUUCAAAAACUGGAAGAGAGAGAAGUUCCACCAUACCUUGCAAGAUCUUUUACUCCCAGUCAGCCAGAUGGUGAAUUGGCCGUGAUAAAUUUACAGAAGGGUAUUCUUGCACAGGAAGGUGCAUUCUUGGUUAUAGAUACGAAACGGGCCGAAUUGAUGUUUCCUAUUCGACCAUUGACGCAUAUAUAUCCUCUUCGUAGCAGUAUUGUCACCUUUGCUGGAUCCGAAAAAUACGAUUACACUGUGAUUUUGCAGUUACGUGAUGGCACUAUGGUGCAGUAUGUGGGAAAUUUGGCUCAAAAAACUAUGCCUGUUUUUGUGCGAACGCUCGUUGGUUCCCUAUUGGCCGAUGUGCUUCAGGGUGAGUCCGCUGGUUUGUUGAUGUACCCCAGCAACUACAUCUUGGAUUUGGUACCCACGGCGAGUGGGAAGGUGAACUUGGCGCUUAUUUACGCUGAAGGUGCUGCACUGAAGCAGCUGUUUUUUGGCACCGAUCCAGAUAGCUCGGUGGAAACUCAUAUUUUCUGUGAAAAGGAUGUGCUUAACGCCUCAAUAAGCUCGCACCCCACAGGAGAUGAAGUACUGACGCUUGAGCCCAUUGGACACGCUGAUCUGGGAGUGGCUGUGCUACGGGACUCUCCUAUUGUGGACAUUUUCAGUAAUGAUGGAAAUUAUCUCUAUCGCAUUCUCUACACUGGAUCUGUGUCGGAAUAUCAAGCAGCGCUUCGCCAGCGUCGUUCACGGAAUUUUCCUUGUGACGCCUCCUCCUUAAACAACAGUAUAUCUUUUGCACCGUCUUCCUCUUCUGCUGCCUGUACCGCCUCUUUUUGUGCUGAAGGGUAUUACCUUGCUAUUGGCUACCGGGAUGGACUAAUUCAGUUGUUUGAUACCACACGGCGGGUCGUGUUCGCACGCCUGACGGUACAUAACUCAAUGAUAAACAGCUUGUGGUCAUUUCCGGGUGUUGUGAUCUCAUCAUCAACGAAUGGCGCUUUACAUGCUUCUGUGGUAUUUCCCCGUGUGAUGUUCGAUGACUACGGAAGCAGCACCAUAUCCUCGGCGGAAGGCUCCAUAAUGAGACGAACAUCAGUCAGCAUUUCCGUUGUACCACCUAACUGA